GUCUCUUUUCCCUCCUUACCUCACACCCCCCCAGGACGCCUCAAUAGGCAGUCCAGUACCGAAUUUGCCAUUGUGCAAUGACUCGCCCUCGAAACGACACAUCAAUUGGCUUUCAUUACUGAAGACAUGUCCACGGACUCAUCCCUUGAAGCUCUGCCAAUGGCAACAACGUCAUUUCCUCAAUUCUCCUCUCUGCCCCCCGAGAUCCGGCGAAUAAUUUGGGAAAGUGCUGCCUCUCCACGAAUUGUAUACCUCGAAUUUAUUAUGAAGGAGAAACACACAUGCUCGCGGGUUUGGUCGGAGACAACUGUUGAAGGCCCAGAAAGUAUGGGCUUCUUUGACCUGGAUCACCAGCCUGAAGAG